GAGGCUACCCAGCCCGAGGUCGGCUCGUUAGUCUUUCCCGAAACGCAGGCAGACGAGCCCUGCCAAGAUGCAGUGGUCAACGACACGUGCUUCGUCAGCGUGCAGUGGGCGAUGACGAGGGGCAUCCACGAGCACCCAGAGUGGUAUCCCACACUGUCUAAGCGCUCGACCUUCGCGGAGUUCCAGGAGGUGCUGCAUAGGAGCCCGGGCAGCCGCUACGACUGUCCUAUGCCGUGCCCGGCCACAGGAGGAGCGCCCUCUUUCGAGCUUGAGUGGGGCACCAAGGAGGCAGACAUGCAGGCCUGCCCUCCAUGCACUCCAACGAGGCGCGACACACCAGACGUGGUCAUCCCUUUCUACGAGCGAGACCUCUGCAAGGUUGGAUACACGGUGACGUCGAUCGGGGUCCACGACCCGCACAAGCUCUUGGGCAGGAUCAUCUUGAUGUGGGUGUCCACGCAGCCCGCCGAGGCUUUCCAGUCGCAGAUCGACAAGGUCAUCGCGUCGGUGGGCGACUCCCACGAGGUGGUCUUGCUGGACGUGUCGGGACAGGUCAACAGUGGCCAUGCGGGCGGCUGGUUUGCGCAGCAGGUCUUCAAGCUGAAGGUGGCGUCGCGGGUCAAGUCCGACUACUACGUGGUGAUGGACGCCAAGAACACCCUGAUCCGAGACGUCGAGGAGGACACGUUCUUCACAAACUGCCACCUGGGCAGAAUUUUCGGGGAGUUCGAGGCGAAGGACAUCCCGCAGCCGCAUUCGCAGUGGUACCAGGCUUCAGCACGUGUUCUCAAUGUAGAGCCGCCGACGAAGGGCAAGUGGCCGUCCUCGAUCACGCCGAUGGUGAUCCACACUCAGACGGUGCUCGACAUGCUGAGCGAUAUCGGCGAGGACGUAAGCGUCAGCUCCCUCUGCGCUGGCCCGCUGUGCGACAUGCUGGGGGUGGGCUCCGCCAAUGGUGAGGGGGCCACGGAGUUCACGAUGUACGUGUUGGCUGCGCGUGCCAGGCCUGAUUUCGAGUGUGCCUUGGCAGUGACGGAGAUGGAUCCCAACGAGCCGCCGGCAAUUUCUUUGUGGAGGGGUAUCGACGAAGCGGCGGAUGCGCAGAUGAUCAUCAAUGUGGACAACUGCAGGGAGAUUUCGGAGGGCAAGACGCUGCCGGUCAUGUUCGGCGCCCAGACUGGCGCGCUGGACGGUAUCGUGGGGGAGCAGAGAUCUCGCACCGAGGAGGCAUUGCUGAAGAUCUUCACCAGGGCUGGCCUCCACGACAGCAACAAGACCUCGACCGAGGCGCUCAUCGAGUGCGUCGCUGGAGAUGCGGAGGGCCUCGUGGGUCCAGUGCACGACAAGCACGCGGAGGACGAGCCGGAUGAUUUCGAUGGGGUAGACGCCAAGGAUGCCGAGGAACAGAUCAUCAAGGAUAGCAUCGAUAAGACCGAGGCGGAGAUGGCCGCCAGCAGCUCCGCAUCCCUUGAGGAUUUCUGCUGCACUGGGACCAUGGACGAGGCCGAUUUCUGCGGCAAGUGCUGGACGGGCGCCCGGGAGGGAGCCAACAGCUACUGUGGCAGCUCCGAGGAUCGCUGCGCGAGCUGUGGAGGGAGCCGGUGGUGCCAAGGCCGCAAGGAUGUGGACGGCAGUGGCGCAGGCGGCAUUGACGCCAACGCCUCGAGCGCCAACGCCUCUGCUGGUGGUGCGAAGGACCCCAAGGUCGGCAGCAUGAAGGAGACGAAGGCGGACGCGAAGCAGCCAAAGCAGCCACAGUCCACCCAGGAGGCCUCCCGCGUCGACGCCAACGCGAGCAAUGCCACGGACAGGCACGGCGAUCGGCAUAAAGGCAGCGCGGCCACGCCGUUGUGCGAGAACCUCGGCUGCGGGCCCUACGACCCAGACUGGCCAUGCCAGUGCAACGAAGUCUGCGGGCAGUACGGCAACUGCUGCAUCGAUUUCGCCGCCGUGUGCCCUGUGACGGUCAUGGCCAUCAUGAGAAGGGACGACGAGAGGGGCGGUUCUCUGCGCAAGGCGGCCGCGGGCGCCGCCCCCGCGCUCCUGGUGGUCGCGCUGCUGGGCACCGCGGCCGCGGCGGCGGCGCUGCUCGGCCUGGCGCGCCGGCGGCAGCCGCGCCAACGGGGCGCCCGCGCCGCCGCGCGGCUUCCCUACGAGCAGCUGCCCCGCCCUUGA